UCUCCGUUCUAAACCGCGCGUUGCGUCGCGCCUUGACAAAAUACAUCCCCGACGGAAGCCAGACGACGACGACGACGACGAAGAUUGUCAGGCAGGCCAGGCAGACCCCAAACGCAUUAGCUAAGCAACCUUCCGCGCGCGUGUGUUCGCAGUGUACGUUUUCGCGUCCGUAUCGCAGGAAGCACAGCAGCAGCAGCAGCGCAGCUCAUCAUCAUCACACAGUCGGCUUUGCUGUAUUUUGUUGUUGUUGUAUUGGCGUCUGUGUGCGUGCGUGUGUGUGGUCCCCAACGUCGUCGUGGUUUGUCGUUGUCAAAGGGGUUGUUAAAAUGGCUCAAAAAACAUCUUCUCAGCUUGCCUGUCUGAGAGAUUGUUGUGACUUACUCACUUGAAGUCUCUCGAUAUAAUAAAUAGCCGGAUUAUCUUAUGUGCCUGUGUGGCUGUGUUGAAAGUGGUCAAACCCCAGUGCUAGGUGUGCCGUACAGCAAAGUGUGUGUGCGUGUGUGUGUGUGUGCGUACCAGUAUGAGUGUAACGAAAUAUGCGGCAGAAAUAUGAGGUGGCGCUGCGUGACGAGCUGUGCUGAAUCCGGUGCGCACCACCGUUGCGUGUAGCGCUUUUCCCUCCCGAUGGGCGGUAAACUGGCCCCGGCAGUCUCGACUGGUAGUCCCUGCUAAGUUCCGGGGCGUGUGUGUGUGUGCUGUGUGCUGUGUGUGUGUGCUGUGUGUAGUGUGAAGAGUAUCCGGCUUUAGACAACCUUCUGCAAGUGCCACCAGAAUGGGCUGCGGACAGAGCAAGAUCCAUCUCUACCCGAGGAAGAACAAAAGUAAAUCGAACGGCAAGAAAAGCGGCCACAUAGAGGAUGCAGAAGCGGACGAGGAGGACGGACAGAACGGUCGGAGCGACGAGCGGGGCGACCGGGGCGAUCGGGGCGACCUCAACGGCGAGAAGGAGAAGCUGGACGAGGAGCAUUCGCUGCGGGACGACGGUUCGCCGGAACCACCCAACGGCGAGAUCGUGUCCAUACUACGCAAAAAUGGCUCGCUGCUUCAGAGUCAGGAAAUAUCCUCCAGCCAACAGAAUUUCUUCCGCAUGCUGGAUCAGAAGAUCGAAGAGGGCCCGGACUAUGAUUCGAGCAGCGAGACGGAGCAAGCGCUGGAAGAGGCCCGCCUGAACGCGCUGGUGCAGCACUGGGAGUCGGCCAGCCUGACCACGUCGAUGUGUUCUUCCACCAGUCGGUCCCUGCAAGGGACGCCGGUCCGACAGGUACCGCUCAGACAGCCUCCGCUGAGGCCACCGUUCCAGCAACCGCUCAGUGCCGAGCUGCUGUCCCAGCAGCAGCUGCUGCUCAAGCAACAGCACCACCAUCUGCAGCAGCAGCACCAGCAGCAGCAGCAUCUCCAGCAGCAGCAGCAGCUGAUACAGCACCAGCAGCAGCAACUGCACAACCUUCAGCAGCAACAGCAGCAGCAGCACGGACUCCACCAACAGGCCCAAGGUUCCCAGUCGCAACAGCCCCAAAUGCACCACCCGAACCUUAGCAUCGGCAUGAACAGUCCGAAGCGGAUAAUCGCCUCCGGGAAUGCGGUAAGCAUGGGUGGUGGUGGUGUUGAUGGGGGCCCGCCCAGUCAGCGGCAGCUGCUGUCGCAAUCCAUCAUCCAUCAGAACUACGGGGUGAUACAGCCGUCCCAGACGACGCCGCAGCUGCGUCCCAGCUCCGGUCGCACACUGCCCUCGCCGGUGCAGUGCCUGCAGAUGUCCUACUACCAGCAACAGCAGCAGCAACAGCAACAAAGCCAACAGCAGCAGCAGCAACAGGCCCAAUCACUCAGCCAACAAUUCCAGCAGCAGCAAUCGUUACCUCCACAUUCGACGACGUCCUACUACAAUGACAUUCUGCGGCAUCCAAUGCAGCUUCCACCUGUAACGCAACUGCAACAACUACAAUCCCAAGCCCAACAACAGCCAGUCCAGCAGCAGCAGCAGUCGCCAAUGCCGGCGGGAAUCUCGAACGUAUCGUCCUCGGUGGCGGCCUCCCUAGCCUCCGCCUCGGUCGCCGUCGCGUCCGCCAGUGGCCCGAGCGGUGGCCCCAGCGGUGCCGUCGGUGGCCCCCUCUCCAUGUCCUCUACGGAGCCUCGCUUCCCGCCGGCCAUCGCGGUACAACGGCUGGCGCCGCAGGUACAGCGGCAGCUGCGCGAAACCCAGGAACUGAUCAAGGACUCGUGCGUGCAGCUGUACGGCUCGGCGUACGGUACCGGACCGGGGCCACCGACUGGAGGCGGCGGCGGCAGUGGUGGUGGUGGGGGAGGAGUUGGUGGUCCAGUAGGUUCGGUUCUGGCCCGGGCCACUGCCCGCCGCCCAACGCUCGAGACUCAGUAUUCGCAGGAACUUUCGUGAUAUCUAGACAAGUAGUGAAACACAUUUCCCCCCUUUGCAAACGGUGCGUACCACCACAUCCACCACCCACCCACACGGCAGUUCUUCGUCUUCGGUGCCAGCCAAAAUCCGAACCAAAUCGUGCGCGCACGCACGCGUGUGUGUGUUCCUCUCCGAUUUGUUAAUCUUUGCUGUUGUGUGCUCUGCUAGUGGUUGUCGUGGCGUAGACGGGAGAUCACCUCUUCCGAAGCAAGGGUGAUCUUUUCAGAGCCUUGAAAGCUCACUUCAGACUAGUCCGAUUCGCUCUGUAGCCCUCCAUUUCUUCCAGCAGGACACACACACACACACGCAUACAAACACAGACUCCUGAGAACUAGUCAUUGCCAAGGCUCGCGUGUAACAAACGAGGGCACAACUGCUGACCGUUGCGUCCAAACUCGCGGGCAAACUGUACAUAUACAUAUUAACUUAUUAACUCUCGCCCCCCAAAAAAACAUUCUCCCAAACCUUUUUGGGAAGAACACCGGAAGUACACCCACCCAACACACUCCUCCUCCUCUUCCCCCCAUUAGAAACAGAAGAACAAACACACACACACAUACAUUCGAAUAAAUAUAUAGAGAGUUCACUAUAGAAAAAAUGAGUAAGACAGACGACGAACCCGCCCGCCACCGGGACGAACAGCCGGUUUUAGAUGACUCUUUGGCAGGGGCGGGCCUGGGGCUUACUUCUUCCCACCUUCCCCAGUACCACCACACACACACACACACACGGACACAUAGUUUGGCAACAAUUAAAUAGCGCUGUAGAAGUGGAUAGGAAAGGAGGAUGAGCAAAAGCGGACAUUAGUGGUGUUCGUUUUUUUUGCAAUCUGCAAAACAGAACGUGAACAGAACAAAGACACACUGGAGAACACAAUAUGGAGUAACAGUAAUCGGGUGGAGUAAAAGCGGAAGAAAAACGUGGCAAAAACGCAGUGAAACUAUUCACCCUUAGCUAGUGUUGACGUUUCGUAACACGACGGGAAACUGUUUUUUUUUUUCUUACUCAAUUAUAAGCGUAAGAAAA